AAAAAUGCAGGAUAUGGAGGUGGUAUACACAUGGGAGAUGGAUUUUAACCGAAGCCUUUUAGGGGCGGCUACUCUCCUGGUACCAAAGAAGCCAACACCAGCACCAUCGUCUACGACUAUGCCGAUGUGGGCUCACAAUUCCUGGGUGUGUCUCUUUGCAGCUAUGCUGGCCGUUGCAAUAGGAGGAAAUGCUAUCGUUAUUUGGAUUGUCACAGCACACAGGCGAAUGCGGACUGUAACCAACUACUUCUUAGUGAACCUUUCCUUCGCUGAUCUGAUGAUGGCGUCCUUGAACUGUCUCUUCAACUUCAUCUACAUGUUACACAGUGACUGGGUAUUCGGCGUGCGCUAUUGUCAGCUCAGCAACUUCAUAGCCAACGUCACGGUCGCUGCCAGCGUGUUCACUCUUACUGGAAUUUCUUUUGACAGGUACCAAGCUAUCGUGCGUCCGAUGCGUCCGCGCAUGUCGAAGAGCUGCUCGCUCAUUAUGAUCGCUUGCAUCUGGAUCAGCGGAAUGCUCUUGGCGAUACCCUGUUUACUGUAUUCGACGACGAAAGAAUAUCGAUCAAAAGGAACCCUCAAAACGGCCUGUCUUUUGGCAUGGCCGGAUGGAUUGCCAGACGUGUCAUAUAUGGAUUUUGUAUACCAAGUUUUGUUCUUCGUAGUAACGUACGCUGUCCCUAUGCUAGGAAUGACAUUCUUCUACUCAGCUAUGGGUAAAGUCCUUUGGGGAUCUCGGUCUAUAGGUGAACUAACACAGAGACAAGUGGACUCUAUUCGCUCAAAACGAAAGGUUGUGAAAAUGUUUAUCCUAGUGAUAGUUAUAUUCGGUAUCUGCUGGCUUCCGUAUCAUUCGUACUUCAUCUACACACACUUCAACCCUUCGAUCCUGUACAUGAAGUACGUCCAGCAUGUCUACCUUGGCUUUUACUGGCUUGCCAUGGCCAACGCGAUGGUCAAUCCCAUUAUUUAUUACUGGAUGAAUGCCAAGUUCAGAUCAUACUUUCAAACAGCGAUUUUAUGCCGGUGGCGGGACACGCUAUGCCGGCGCAAGCGACCGCUUCCAGGAUCACCCCCCGAAUACCUCUCGCAGUCGGGAAGCCGGUCCCGCUCAGGUUUUUACUCGUUAACGCUUAGAGGAUCCCAAAGACUCAAGAGGAAAUACAGUGCGAGAAUGGCCGCAGUUAUCGUGUCGGGUCCGACUCGGCCCACGGCAGCGGCUGCUGUCGCAGAGACCACCUUUGCCUGUUAGUUGCCCUAGGUGUCCGUCACAUACUCUUUACGACCCUUACAUCCACGGACGGAAGGCAUAAAGAACUGUAAAAGUUACAGAAAAUGUCAAUAAUAUUUUGUUGAAAAAAUCGGACUAAAUCUGUUGGAUAU